CCCAUGAAUCUCCGGAAACUCGCUAAUUUAGGGCGUUUAUUAAUUCAUUCAUCCGAAGCCAGGCUGGCGGGACCAUGCUGGAAGCGCCAGCAGCGUGCUUACAAUCUCCAUGACGACACCUGGGGAGUAGGUGCCGCUCGGUCUCGCGAUGAGAAAAAGGAUGGGUGGGGAGAAAAAGGGUGGGUGGGGAGAAAAACCCGAGAAUUGCGCAUGCGUAUUGCUCAGUCGGCGUCUGACCUCGGAGGCUUCCGUAGAGGGUGGGAGAAGAUGGCUGCGGCAAUACUGGAACGUUCGGGUGCGUUAUGGUUGCAGAAUCUGAGGGGGAAGCUGGCGUUGGGGUUUCUUUCAGCUCACAACAUUUUACCCCAAUCACAUAUCCACACAAGUACGUCUCUUGAAAUAUCUCGAAAAUGGGAGAAGAAGAAUAAAAUUGUUUAUCCUCCACAAUUGCCUGGAGAACCUCGGAGACCAGCUGAAAUCUACCAUUGUCGAAGACAGAUAAAGUACAGCAAAGACAAGAUGUGGUAUUUGGCAAAAUUGAUACGAGGAAUGUCCAUUGACCAGGCUCUGGCUCAAUUGGAAUUCAGUGACAAAAAAGGGGCCCAGAUAAUUAAAGAGGUUCUCUUAGAAGCACAAGAUAUGGCAGUGAGAGACCACAAUGUGGAAUUCAGAUCCAAUUUGUAUGUAGCGGAGUCCACUUCAGGGCGCGGCCAGUACCUGAAACGCAUCCGAUACCAUGGCAGAGGUCGCUUUGGGAUUAUGGAGAAGGUUUUUUGCCAUUAUUUUGUGAAGUUGGUGGAAGGCCCCCCACCUCCACCGGAGGCACCGAAGUCAGCAGUCGCCCAUGCCAGAGAGUAUAUCCAGGAGCUUCGCAACCGGACCAUCAUUCACACUCUGUGAUGGGGGUAUUCAACUCCACAGUGUACAUAUUUUAACAUUUAUUUCCUAAAACCAACAAAAAUUAAAGACAAAUGCUUUUUAUAA